CACCGUGCCUCUUGGUCGCGAUUGGACAGUGUCUUCGUCCAGGGGCCGGGCUCUUGAGUGGCUGCCGCAUCUGCCUAUGACUACGGGAUCCAGAGUUCAGAUGGACACGAAGCCUCACCAAUACUUGAAUGGACUAUGAGGCCGAGGGCGGGAUGCCCUGUGAGCGACACCCAGAUAAGCCAAUAACUGUACACACCCACUCUCAUUGGCUUACAUAUCUUCCUCUGGGCGGAAACCCUCGGUUCAGGCAGGAGCGGUUGAUCCACAAGAAGCACGAGUUCUCCGUGGAUAUGAACUGUGAAGGAUGUGCUGAAGCCGUCUCCCGAGUCCUCAACAAGCUGGGAGGAGUGAAGUUCAACAUUGACUUGCCCAACAGGAAGGUCUACAUUGAGUCUGAUCACAGCACUGACACCCUGCUGACAACCCUCACCAAAACAGGGAAGGCUGUCCUGUACAUUGGCCCUAAGUAGCCAGGACCUGGCUGUUGAUCUGGUCUCCUGGCAGAUUUGGAAUGUCAACUUCUCUGUCCAGCUCAGCCAUGCCCAGACAGGCCCUCCCUUGCGGGCUCCCUGCCAGCUUCCUUGCAAUAAAGUCAAGCUGCAUUUGUUGAAAAA